AUGGCUUCUCUAAGUGGGUUUAUUGUAAGAUCACAAACGGGAACUUCUUCAAGUUGUGAAAAUGAGUUUUCUACUUUGAGUGAAUUCAUGGGGAAGGGAGGGAUUGGUGUGAGAGAUGAGUUAGUGGUGUUGUUUGAUCAUAUGCAGUAUGCUUGUAAGAGAAUUGCAGCUCUUGUGGCUUCUCCUUUCAACUCUAAUCUUAGUAAACAGAGUAAUUUUGCUGGUGGUGGCAGUGGUUUAGGCAGGGAUGCACCAAAACCUCUUGAUAUUGUCUCGAAUGAAAUCAUCUUAUCAUCUCUUAAAAAUUCUGGAAAAGUUGCUGUCAUGGCUUCGGAAGAAGAUGAUGAUCCAAUUUGGAUCAAUGAUGAUGGUCCAUUUGUGGUGGUAACAGAUCCUCUUGAUGGAUCUAGAAAUAUUGAUGCCUCCAUCCCAACAGGAACAAUUUUUGGGGUAUACAGACGCCUUGUUGAACUGGAUCAUCUACCCCAGAAAGAAAAAGCUGUGCUGAAUUCGCUGCAAAGUGGAAGCAAGCUUGUAGCUGCUGGCUAUGUUCUCUAUUCAUCAGCCACAAUACUGUGCACCAGCUUUGGUUCUGGAACGCAUGCAUUUACACUGGAUCAUUCCACAGGAGACUUCAUUCGGACUCAUCAAGACAUUAAGAUUCCUCCUCGAGGGCAAAUCUAUUCUGUAAAUGAUGCACGAUGCUUUGACUGGCCUAAAGGAUUAAGGCAAUAUAUUGAUACUGUUAGACAGGGGAAAGGCAGAUACCCCAAGAAGUACUCUGCUCGUUAUAUAUGUUCUCUUGUAGCUGAUUUCCAUCGAACGCUGUUGUAUGGUGGCAUAGCAAUGAACCCAAGGGACCAUCUUCAUCUAGUCUAUGAGGCGAAUCCUCUUAGUUUUCUUGUUGAGCAAGCUGGGGGCAGAGGUUCUGAUGGUAAAAGCAGGAUUCUUUCUAUGCAACCAGUCAAAUUACAUCAAAGACUGCCUUUAUUUUUAGGAAGUCUAGAAGACAUGGAAGAGUUAGAGAGUUAUGGAGAUGUUCAGCAGAAAUUAAACCCUGGAUAUGAAGUUUGA